AUGAACCAGCAUCCGGACAUCAUUGUGUCUGUCGAUCUGGGCACCACAUUUACCGGCGUAGCAUGGAGAACGCCUCGCACACCACCACAAAUCAUCAACGACUGGCCCGGUAGUGGUGAUCGAGGUGAGCGUAAGGUUCCAACUACUCUGGUAUAUAACUCCGACAGAACACUCUUAUCAUGGGGAUUUACGUGCAGCAACAACGAUAACGGCGAUGCGAAAUCCGAUAAGAUACGGCGCGAGUUCUUUAAAAUGUUUAUUGACAGCGCUAACUUGGCCGCUGCGCAGAGCCUCUCCAAAGCUCCCAAGACAAUAGAGGAGGUCGAAAAGUUUACGACAGACUACCUCAGACAGCUUUACAGCCAUAUCAAAGAGACGAUUAAGAUGCAAAUCGGCCGACGACACGUGGCCGGUGGAUGGUCUGACCUAGUGGUCGUGUUCCUCUUCAGCGUGCCAACAACUUGGACGCGAAUGGAAACGAUCAACUUAUUCAAGGGCAUUAUACGCAAUGCGGGCUUUGGGGUAGAGGGCCAAAGGCACUCGGCGCAAGUUGACCUUACCGAGGCAGAGGCCGCUGCUGUUGCGACUUUAAAGACAAGUGCAGUCACGUUUAAACAGAACAGUAUUUUCCUUACCGUUGACGCAGGUGGUGGUACCACUGAUCUCUCCCUAAUGCGAGUUAAAUCCGCAGACCCCGAGUGUCCCCAAUUGACGCAAAUGGCAGCUGUAAAGGGUGUUGGCAUCAGAUCAACGCUUAUAGAUCGCGCAUUUAUCCGUCUUGUUGAGCAGAGACUUAACGCGUGGCCAGAAGUCCGCGACCUUCUGCCUACUAACUUUGCCAUACAAAUGUCUAGGAGCCAUCACUUUCGCAUUGUCAAGCAUAAAUUUGGGGAGAGAGUGUACAUGCAGCCCGUGUUUAAAAUCCCAAUAGACGGCGUGUCCCAUAACUUUAGUCACUCUAGACUUAGAGUUAAAAAUGGACGAAUGGUCUUCAAAAAGCUAGAGAUUUAA